AUGGAGUUUAUAACCUCCCUGGGUAGGAAUCCUGUUCCAGGUGCCAAGCGUUAUGGGGAUCUGUCUUCUGUUCAGGAGGUCUUCAAGGACUUUGUGAAGGGUCACAUACAGAAUGGACUCACUGGACCUUCAGGGUAUGUCACGGAUGGGCCUGGAAAUUACAAAUACAAAACAAAAUGCACCUGGCUCAUUGAAGGAAGGCCAAACACAAUCCUCCGGCUUCGAUUCAGUCACUUUGCCACAGAGUGCAGUUGGGACCACUUGUAUGUCUAUGAUGGAGAUUCAAUUUACGCUCCCUUACUGGCAGCUUUUAGUGGUCUUAUUGUUCCUGAGAAAGAAAGCAAUGAAACAGUACCAGAAGUGGUAGCUACUUCUGGAUAUGCUCUUCUGCAUUUCUUCAGUGAUGCUGCCUAUAAUUUAACAGGGUUUAACAUCACAUAUAAUUUCAAUAUGUGUCCCAAUAAUUGCUCCGGCCGAGGAGAAUGCAAGCUCAAUAACAGCAGCGAUGCUCUUGAGUGUGAAUGUGCCAAAUACUGGAAGGGAGAAGCUUGCGAUAUUCCCUACUGCACAGAUGAUUGUGGGGCACCCGAGAGAGGACAUUGCAACUUUAAUGAUACUAAGGCAUGCUUGUGCUCUGCGGGCUGGCAAGGUCCUGGCUGUUCAAUUCCUGUUCCUGCAAACCAGUCGUUUUGGACCCGGGAGGAAUACUCUCUUCCAGAACUUCCUAGAGCAUCUCACAAAACUGUAAUCCAUGACAAUAAAAUGUGGAUUGUGGGAGGCUAUGUCUUCAAUCAUUCUGACUCUCAGAAGGUUUUAGCCUAUGAUCUUAUUUCUGAAGAGUGGCUUCCACUGGACAACACUGUGAACUCAGUAGAGAUGAGAUAUGGUCAUUCGCUGGCGUUACAUGAGGAUUAUAUAUACAUGUAUGGUGGAAAAAUAGAUGCGACGGGGAACGUGACCAGCCAGCUGUGGGUGUUCCACAUUCCCACCCAGACCUGGGCUCAAGCAACACCGAAAGCCAAGGAGCAGUAUGCUGUUGUUGGCCACUCGGCACACAUCGUCACCCUGCAAGACGGCAGUGCGGUCAUGCUUGUCAUCUUUGGGCACUGCCCUCUUUACGGGUAUAUCAGCAAUGUCCAGGAAUACAACCUAGCCACAAAUACAUGGAACAUUUUACAGACGAGCGGAGCUUUGGUGCAAGGAGGGUAUGGUCACAGUAGUGUUUAUGAUCCAAAUACAAGAUCAAUUUAUAUCCAUGGAGGUUACAAAGCAUUCAGUGCCAACAAAUACAGGCUAGCAGACGACUUGUACAAAUAUGAAGUUGAUUCCCGUAUGUGGACAAUUCUUAAAGACAGCAGAUUUUUCCGCUAUUUGCACACGGCUGUGAUAAUGAGUGGAACCAUGCUGGUCUUUGGAGGAAACACGCACAAUGACACUUCCAUGAGCCACGGCGCGAAGUGCUUUUCGUCAGAUUUUAUGGCGUAUGAUAUUGCUUGUGAUCGGUGGUCUGUUCUUCCUCGCCCGGGUCUCCAUCACGAUGUGAACAGGUUUGGACAUUCUGCCGUGCUGUACAACAGCACCAUGUAUGUAUUUGGAGGCUUCAACAGCCUCCUCCUGAGUGACAUACUGAAGUACACGCCCGAGAGAUGUGAAGCUUUUGACAACGAAACGGCCUGCUUGCGAGCAGGUCCCGGCGUCAGAUGCGUGUGGGCUGGCACCACUUCUGGCUGCGUCCCCUGGGAAAUGGCGACGGUAGAGCAGCAGCAAAAGGUCUUUGAAGACUGUCCUCCCAAGCCAGUUGUAGACAAUGAAAAAUGUGAUCAGAUUACAGACUGCUAUAGCUGUACAGCAAAUACAAACAACUGUCAAUGGUGCACUGACCAGUGUAUCUCAAUGCAUAACAACUGCACAGAGGAACAGGUUCCUAUUACUCUAUAUGACAGUUGUCCUAAGGAUAACCCUGCCUAUUACUGUAGCAAAAAGACAAGUUGUAAAAGCUGUUCCAUGGAUCAAAACUGUCAGUGGGAACCGAGGAAUCAGGAGUGUAUCGCUUUACCAGAAAAUAUUUGUGGAACAAACUGGCAUUUGGUUGGCAACUCCUGCUUGAAAAUUACAAACGCGAAGGAGAACUAUGAUCAUGCCAAACUGUCCUGCAGAACCAAUGGUGCUUUGCUGGCUUCUCUCACCACCCAGAAAAAAGUCGAAUUUGUUCUAAAGGAGCUGCAGAAGAUGCAGUCUUCGCCCAAAACUUUGACUCCGUGGGUUGGGCUGAGGAAAAUCAACGUGUCCUAUUGGUGCUGGGAAGACAUGUCUCCCUUCACCAACACCCUGCUCCAGUGGCUCCCCGAUGAACCAAGCGAUGCUGGAUUUUGUGGUUAUUUGGCCGAGCCUUUCCAGCAGGGACUGAAGGCAGCAACGUGUAUCAAUGAAGUCAACGGCAGCGUCUGCGAAAGGCCAGCGAACCACAGCGCCAAGCAGUGCCGCACGCCCUGCGCCCUGCGGACGAUGUGCGGGGAGUGCACGAGCGGCAGCUCCGAGUGCAUGUGGUGCAGCAACAUGAAGCAGUGCGUGGACUCGAACGCUUACGUGGCCUCUUUCCCCUACGGGCAGUGCAUGGAGUGGUACACCAUGAGCAGUUGCCCGC